AUGCUUUUCUCUAGUAUUCUUUUUCUUUUAGGUGUAUCAGGAAUCAAAACUCCAAACUCGGAUACAUGCAAUGGAAGAAAUUUCAUUGAAAAAUAUAUUAAACCUGCCUACUUUUUUGUUCUACAGGGUAACUGUCACGUCUACAUAUCACGUGCUCCUUUGUCACCGAAGCAGUUCUCAAAGCCAUAUGCACAAUGUGAGUUUGAAGAAUCUAAUUCAAUCAUUUUCCCUUGGAGUGAUGAUUCUCUAGCAAUCAUGAGAAAGGAAGACCAAUCCUACUACACAAGCAUAAUUCCCGUUGCAAAACUGAUCAAAUCCAAAAGAACUGUGGUAGCGUCAAUUGAUGCAAUAAAGUUGAUGAAAUUUCCCGUGAUUGAAGUUCUUUAUUCUGCUCAGUUGUCAACGUGUCACCGUAACACUAUAACGGAGAAAGUUUUCUGCUAUAGGAUCAAAACACGAACAAUAAGAGAAAUUGAAUUGGAUUUUGUGAAUCCCUCAUUACUGGCAGUAAGAAAGGAGAAGAUGUUGUUCUACACUUUUCCACCAGAAACAAUUUCAUCCUAUUCAACAAAACAGGGCAAAAAUUAUCUUUGGGUUAAAGGUCCAUACAAUUCGUUAUAUAAUGUAGAUAUCGAAGAUUUAAAAAAUCCACAGAAGAAGGAAACAGUUGCUUAUAUAUUGGAUCGCCAGGAUCAUGGAAUUCAGUAUGAUAAAAUGGAAAUCAUCUACUCCGAUGAAGGUGGAAUGAUCACCAAACAAUGUGGAACAGCAGUAAAGUGCAUUUACACGUAUAAUAGUAUCCUAUAUAAGCCUGGAGAGCUGUAUUCUGAAUGUCUCUACAAUGAAUCUGAUGGAAUUUUUCCCGGAGUUGUUGCAGACGUAGGAGCUAAAAUAAAACCUCAUUCCACACUUGAUAUACAUUCCACACACCACGAGAGCACACACCGUUGGACGCUUGCUUAUGUGCCUAUCCAAUUCUUAGCGCUCAUCACAUUUUUCUAUUUAUGUUUCUUCUUUUUCAUAACUUUUAAACCAUACCCCAAUAGUAAUCUUGUCGAACUUUCUACCCUGAUGGAAGAAGAAAUUGCUCGUCUUUCUAUACUGACAACAGAAGCAGUUAGAUCAAUGACGAUCGAAAAAUCAAGGAAGAAAUCGGAGUCAGUUGCUUUGAAAAGACAUCCUGAACUCGGCACGCCAGGAUCCUCUGAAGAUUUGUGCUGUCCUGGAACCACCUGCUAUUCUUGGCAAUGUUCCCAUUGUCGUAAACCUGUUGAGAUACCGUCAAUCUCGGCGAGAUUACCGCCGUUAUUCCACGCACCUCGCUAUCAAAUCGAACGUCGCGUACCACAGACGGACAGCAGUCGACUGAGAACGAAAUCUCGAAGUGAAACGACGGGACAAAAAAAGACUCAAAUGUUUAACACAAAUGCAAAAUCGACGGCUACAAAAUCUAUGGAUCCAGGGCAAAUGGCACGGUUAAAGCAAGCUCAUAUGUCAAGCAUUACACCUAUCAACGACAAAUAUGAUCAGAAGCCAAAAGGAAUGUCGACGGAGAAAAAAGGAGUUACUAGGACUGAAAAGAAGAAGCUUCCAACUAGAAAGGCAAAGACAAAAGGACCAUCUCGAGAGAACUCCAAAAAAUACGCAAUGAUACCGAUCGGAAAUUUUAGGCCGCAAACGAAAGGUCACAGUAAACAAUACAGGCCAACAACAACGAAAUGA